AUGACCUUCCCCGAGAUUCUGGACCGAGUGGGCAGCAUGGGCCCCUUCCAGUACCUACAUGUGACCUUGCUCGCCCUCCCAAUCCUCGGCAUGGCCAACCACAACCUGCUGCAGAUCUUCACAGCCACCACCCCUGCCCACCACUGUCGCCCGCCUCCCAACACCUCUGCAGGGCCCUGGGUACUCCCCAUGGGCCCGAAUGGGGAGCCUGAGAAGUGCCUCCGUUUCGUACAUCUGCCCAACACCAGCCUGCCCAAUGACACCCAGGGGGCCACCGAGCCGUGCCUGGACGGCUGGGUCUACAACGCCACCAGGGACACCAUUGUGACAGAGUGGAAUCUGGUGUGCAGCUCCGGGAAACUGAAGGAGAUGGCCCAGUCUAUCUUCAUGGCAGGCAUCCUGAUUGGAGGGCUCGUGCUUGGAGAACUGUCUGACAGGUUUGGCCGGAAGCCGAUCCUGACGUGCAGCUACCUACUGCUGGCAGCCAGCGGCUCAGGCACAGCCUUCAGCCCCACCCUCCCCUUCUACAUAGUCUUCCGCUUCCUGACGGGCUUCAGCAUCUCAGGCAUUGUCCUGAGCACGGUCAUCUUGAAUGUGGAAUGGGUGCCCACCUGGAUGCGGGCCAUCUCGUCGACAGCAUUUGGGUACUGCUACACCACUGGCCAGUUCAUUCUGUCUGGCCUGGCCUAUGCCAUCCCCCAGUGGCGUUGGCUACAGUUAACAGUGUCUGUUCCCUACUUCAUCUUCUCCCUGUUGUCCUGGUGGAUACCAGAGUCUAUACGCUGGAUGGUCCUAAAUGGAAAGUUCUCCAAGGCCCUGAAGACACUCCAACACGUGGCUGCCUUCAAUGGCAAGAAGGAGGAGGGGGAAAAGCUCAGCUUGGAGGAGCUGAAGUUCAACCUGCAGAAGGACAUCUCCUUGGCCAAGAUCAAGUAUGGCAUAACUGACCUGUUUCGGAUACCCAUCCUGCGCCAUAUGACCCUCUGUCUUUCCCUGGCCUGGUUUUCCACUGGUUUUGCCUACUACAGCUUGGCUAUGGGGGUGGAAGAAUUUGGUGUCAAUCUCUACAUCCUCCAGAUCAUCUUUGGCGGGGUCGACAUUCCAGCCAAGUUCAUCACCAUCCUCUCCAUAAGUUAUCUGGGCCGGCACAUCACUCAGGCCUUUAUGCUGCUCCUGGCAGGAGGGGCUAUCUUGGCUCUCAUCUUUGUGCCUUCAGACAUGCAGAUCCUGAGGACAGCGCUGGCUGUGUUUGGAAAGGGAUGCCUGUCUGGMUCCUUCAGCUGCCUCUUCCUCUACACCAGUGAACUCUACCCCACAGUUGUCCGGCAAACAGGUAUGGGCAUUAAUAACCUGUGGGCCCGCGUGGGAAGCAUGCUAGCCCCACUGGUGAAAAUCACGGGUGAGGUGAAGCCCUUCAUCCCCAAUGUCAUCUACGGGACCAUGGCCAUACUGGGAGGCAGUGCUGCCUUCUUCCUGCCUGAGACUCGCAAUCGGCCCCUGCCAGAGACCAUCGAAGAUGUGCAAAACUGGCGCCAUAAAGGAAAGGCGAGAAAGCAGGAGCCAGAAGCAGAAAAGGCAUCCCAGAGGAUCCCUCUGAAGCCUUGUGAAUCAGGCCAGGACCCCAGCUGA